CAUAACCGGCAGCGCGCAUUCCGAGGCGGCUUCUCCAGCGCGCAGGCUGGGGCUAAGGGGCACCGCGAGCCCAGAGCACCCCCGGAGCUGAGUACACCACGCGCCCCCAACACACCCACCCCACGGCCGCUGAAUGAGGCUUCCAGGUGCCCGCUUGCGGCCCGCAGCGCCCUGCCGGAGGUCCGCUCGCUGAGGGGCGGCUGGUGCGCUGGCCGCUAGUGCGCUCACCUACCAGCUUGCGCGCCAUGGGGCAGCACGGGAACCGCAGCGUCUUUCUGCUGGCGCCCAACGGAAGCCACGCACCGGACCAAGACGUCACACAGGAACGGGACGAGGCGUGGGUGGUGGGCCUGGGCAUCGUCAUGUCGCUUAUCGUCCUGGCCAUCGUGUUUGGAAACGUGCUGGUCAUCACAGCCAUCGCCAAGUUCGAGCGUCUGCAGACGGUCACCAACUACUUCAUCACCUCCCUGGCCUGUGCUGACCUGGUCAUGGGCCUGGCGGUGGUGCCCUUUGGGGCCAGCCACAUCCUCAUGAAAAUGUGGACUUUUGGCAACUUCUGGUGUGAGUUUUGGACUUCCAUUGAUGUGUUGUGCGUCACAGCCAGCAUUGAGACCCUGUGCGUGAUUGCCGUGGAUCGCUACCUUGCCAUCACAUCACCCUUCAAGUAUCAAUGCCUGCUGACCAAGAAUAAGGCCCGGGUGGUCGUUUUGAUGGUGUGGGUCGUGUCUGGCCUUACCUCCUUCUUGCCCAUUCAGAUGCACUGGUACCGGGCCACCCACCAGGAAGCCAUCAACUGCUAUGCCAAGGAGACCUGCUGUGACUUCUUCACGAACCAAGCCUAUGCCAUUGCCUCCUCCAUUGUGUCCUUCUACUUGCCCCUGGUGGUCAUGGUCUUCGUCUACUCCAAGGUCUUCCAGGUAGCCAAAAGGCAGCUCCAGAAGAUCGACAAAUCUGAGGGCCGCUUCCAUGCCCAGAACAUCAGCCAAGUGGAGCAGGAUGGGCGGAGCGGGCCCGGACAACGCAGGGCCUCCAAGUUCUGCUUGAAGGAACACAAAGCCCUCAAGACUUUAGGCAUUAUCAUGGGCACUUUCACCCUGUGCUGGCUGCCCUUCUUCAUUGUCAACAUUGUGCACGUGAUCCAGGAUAACCUCAUCCCUAAGGAAGUUUACAUCCUUCUAAACUGGGUGGGCUAUGUCAACUCUGCUUUCAAUCCCCUUAUCUACUGCCGGAGCCCAGAUUUCAGGAUUGCCUUCCAGGAGCUCCUGUGCCGGCGCAAGUCUUCCUUGAAGGCCUCCGGGAAUGGCUACUCCAGCAACAGCAAUGGCAGAACUGACUACUCAGGGGAACAGAGUGGAUAUCACCUGGGGGAGGAGAAAGACAGUGAACUGCUGUGUGAGGAUGCCCCAGGCACGGAAGACUUUGUGAACCGGCAAGGUGUCCACUCACCCGUUCUGUUCCACCUGCCCAUGCCGGUCCACAGACCUGCUCUGCCAACAGGAGCACAGCAGACCUGCAGCACUGUGUGCCUGCCCUGCCCGGUCCCACAGCAGCCCUUUAAAGAUCUGCAGUGACCUUGGAAUGGCUCCUCGAGUCUUCUGCCGGUAACUGGAACUCUCAACGCCGGUUCCUUCAGUCGUCCCUCCUCUGAUUUACGCAGCAGCCUCCUCCCUAUCCCCUUACCCUCUCUCUGGCCACACUCCUUCUUAAAGGGAUGCAUUCAGAACCCAGAACAAUGCUCCCCAGGGGGGCUGACCCAGGCAGAGGAUUUAAAGAAAGUCUUUAUAUUACAAACCAUUAGUUUUCAACCUGGCAAGGAGACCAGAGAGCACAAUGUCAACCCAAACUGAAAGAAGCCUCACAACAAAGUUGAUUCUCUCUUAUGACUCCAGCUAAAUAGAAUAACCCCCAGGGGAGAACAUCAAAUCACUUCCUGAGACUCUACACAGGCAAACCUGGAACAAUGUCUGAGGAAUGACAAGCAUCUUGAAACAUUUUUUCAUUUGUAAGUAUAAGCAGUAAGAAGAAUCUAAGGAAAAUACUUGUAAAAGCCCUUGUAAAAUGACAGUGAUCUAACUGGCUGUUUGAGGUUACUGCUGGUUCUCUCUGCUCCCAGAGUGAACCUGGGUAGACUCCUUUUGCCCUCUGAGUUUAAAACUGCACGGAAGAAAGCAAGAAAACUAAUGGUGCUUAUAGGAAAAGCACUGGCCUGGGAAUGUGCUACUCUGGGGACUUUCCUCCAGUCUGCUUCUGACUAUUAAGAACUCUCAGGUAGGUCACUUAACUCUGUGCCUCAGUUGCCUCAUUUGUGCAAUGAGGUCGUUGAAUCAGACUGGAGUUUCCACAAACCAGGGCAGCACAUCCAUGACACGGGUCAUGUGUGUGUAUUGCUUCCCAGCUUCUUCUCCAGACACAGGUUCCCUGGAAUGGUGAUCAUUUACUUAAUGAUCCCUUUAAAACUGACUUCAAUUCUAGUCAUAAUUUUUUAGCCUAUCCUCAUCCUAGAACAUUUACAAUACCACAGACGUGAUGUGUUAACUAUGAUUCCAAAGCAUAUUAAAAUAAAUACUCAGGAGUGAAAACUUAAAAC